AUGGUGGGAUGGCAUCAGAGCCGCGGCGGCGCCUACGCGGGGCCGCGGCGCACGGGCCCGGAAACACGAGCCCUUGCGCUGCCAGCCAAGUCCCGCGCUGGCGAGGAACACGAGCCUCGCCCGCACAGGCUGGUCUUGCUGACCAGGCCGGUCCUGCUGGCCACGCCGGUCCUGCUGGCUAGCUCGGCGGCUGGACGCCUUCUACGCGGCUUCGCCGACGAGGGCCAGGAGGCGGGUCCCCCUCCGCGGAGGAAGACGCAGUGCUUCGGCGGCUGCAAGGCGGGCCUCUCCUGCGACUGCGAGGAGGGCCCCCCGCGGAUCACCGGGUACGCAGCCUCUACACCAGCCGCGGGGGCUGCCCCCUUCCUGCAGGAAGACGGACCCCAGCUGCUCGUGCACGACGGAGGGCGACGACUGCAUUUGCGAAGGCCCCUGCUCCGCGCAGGAGCAGGACGCGGUGUGCACCGAGCUUCUCGGCCCGUGCGCGUGCUUCCAUCGCGACGAGAAUAUCUGCGAGUGCGUCGGCUAUUGCAGCAGCAGGGACGCCAGGAAGGAGGCCUGCCUAGACGAGCCUGGCUGCCUGUGGACUGGCGGCUGGUGCGAGGCCGAGGUGGGCCUCCUCUGGCACUGACCUGCGGGCCGCUGGGCGCCCUUCGGGCAUUUCGCGUCGCUCGCGGGACGCGUGCUGCGCUCACUGCGACGGGCGCGAGCGGUGGCUGA